AUGAUGAUCAUCUGGGUAACUUGGAUUCUUCUACACUUUGUAUCAUUUUGCACAGUGGCACAAGCAGUUAGCACUUUAGCAUCGCAUUCAGGCUCAUCAGAAUCUAACGAUAUCACUGGCAUUCAUUCGUCUGAGGACAGGAUCAACGUGGUCCAACCAGAAAGAGUAGAAAUGGAUAAGGAACGGUUGAGAAGGUUCAAAAGGAUGAUCUACCAACGAAAUUACAGAAAAAAGUAUCCCGAGCGAGUCAAAGCAAGCAACGCAAAAUUUCAAGAUAAACGCAACAAUGAUCCGAUCAGAAGAGAACAUAGAAGAUUGUACAAAGCAGAAUACGCCAAGAAACAUCGAAGACCAUGGCCAAAAGAAAGAGCACAGGAAAAGACAGAACAACAGCUGGCUAAUCAGACGAAUUCAGAAGCUGUACUGCCGAGAGGAAAGCGCAAGAGGAUUGAUUCUGAGGAUGAAUCUAAAGCACAAACUACUAGAGUCCGUACUUAUGGACGACCUCCAAUGUCAAGUGCAUUUUUGAAUCACCGGGCAAGUGAGACCGGUAACCACAUUGAAACAGAGCGGGCAGCUGUUCGAUCUGGUCAUUCCCUACAGUCGAAAAGUCCACCAAAUUUGGAGAGAACAGUUCCAGAAACACACAAGUUCAACUUACCGAAUGCUAGAGAGCGAUUCAGACUUCCUCCGCGUAAAGGCAAAAAAGUAGAUCUUCACAGUGAUCAGUCUAGCUAG